AUGAGAUUGGCAGUGGUUUCUUUAUUUUAUAUCUUAGCCGAAAUUACGGUGUGCACCAUUGGAUUAGACUGCCAUCAAUACACUUCAUUCGAGUUGAAAAGGUCAGAAGAUGUUAUUGAUAUUGAGCAAACAUUCGCGACAAUAACAACAAAGUCUUGUAAAGACCACGAAAGAUGUUCGAGACUUCGAAUAAAAGACACCACGAAUGAAACAUACACCGCUUUGGAUUGUCUUGACAGAAGUAUAUGUGAGAAUCCAGAAUCAUGGUGUCACAGAUUCACUGGAAGCUUAUUCACAUCGUGUGAAAUAACUUGCUGCGAUGGCGAUUUAUGCGCGGAUAUGAACAGGACGAAAUCAGUUGUGACAAAGAACCCAAAUAUCCAAAAAGCAACAUGUUCGACAUUCACGCCUUUUCAAGUGAACAUCGAUUCGAGAGAAGUUACAGAAGUAUACAGUCCACUUGAGACAAAAAUUUGCGAGCUGGACGAAAUAUGUAGUGGUAUAAUUUUAACGGAUAGGAAUAAUCGAAGCCAUCAUGCAUCCGCUUGUGUGAACCAUGGUCAUUGUAAAAAUCCAGAUAUGUUUUGUACAGCGCUAACUGAAGGGACCAAUGGGACAUUUAUUGAUUGUGAACUGAAAUGUUGCAACGAGAGUUUUUGUCUUGAUGAACAAAAGUCCAACACAACAUCUUCGAAGUGUUUCGAAUAUAAUUCCUUCUCUCUGGCUGGCGAUGAAGUGAAAUCGUCUUCUCAUACUACACGAGUUAAGACAUGUAAAAAGGACGAACUAUGCAGCAGAGGUACAUUCACAGAUAGGGAAAAUAAUACCCAUAUUUCACUUGAUUGUAUAGCGACGUCUGUAUGUAAUAAUCCUGGAAUACUCUGCCAAUAUUUUUCGGAAAGUAACCAGCAAUCCCCAUUUGUUCAGUGUAAUAUAGAGUGCUGUAUAGACAAUCUGUGUUACUCAGAUUCAAUUCCACCAUCGUCGCCACCAUCAUCUACAUCAAGCACAACACGAACAACAGUAGCCACGCCCAGUAGUACCACAAAACCCCAAACUCACAUUGGGAUUAUUCUGCAAGUAGCUAUAUUAUUUUAUAUAUGCCUUAAUAUUUUAUUACAAUAG